GCUUCCGUGAAUACACAAUUGGCUGCCGGUGGACGAAGAGAGGCUGGCAAAAAGAAGGGGUUGCGAAGGGUCUCUAAAGCGUGAAUUGCAAACCACCGAGAGAGAGGAAGAGGGAGAGAGCGAGAGCCCUGAAGGUUUCACUUGAAAGGCAAAGCGCCAGUAAGAAAGGACAACCAACCAUGUGAGAGGCAAGACAAACUGUUACUGGCAAGGAAAGUUGUUGACGUGACAUGACCAUAUGACUUCCGGUGCCCACACAUCUUUCAAAGCAGAAGAAAUGGCAACGACAUGCAAGCCCUCUGAACCUACGACUGAAUGCCUUGAUGCAAACAUUGCUGAUGUGAUGGACAACUCAUCAACGUGGAAUGAGGAGCUGGAAAAUGAGCUUUUAAAAGUUUUGGACAGUCUGGAUAACCAGCUGGCAAAAGAACAAUCUCAAGAUACUAUGAAUACAACAACUCCUACUAACUAUGGCUCUACAGCACCAGAAAUCCAUCAUCAUUCCGCUGUUGUACAACCAAAUUUCCUUGGAGAAGUACAGAGAAAUGACCAGAACUUGUUUUUCUCAGACAGAACAAGGAUACUAAGAGCCAGAGAUAAAUACAAAACUCUCUUCAUACCAAGGAGGCUUUAUGAUAAUUAUACAAUGCAGCAUCACCCAGAAAAAUACACAUAUGGGGAUUUGUAUGAUGAAAGAUCUUCUGUUUUGAAGAGAGGAUAUUCUACUUGUUCUCUUGGACAUUCUUCAGAAGAUAGGUUGGCAUUUCCAUCAGGAUCUUACAGCAAUGGAUUUGGUCCUAAGAACUUCAUGUCCAAGAAUAAAAUGGGCAGAAGUUACUCUUUGUCUUGCCUUACAAGGCGUUCAUCUUUGACGUCUGCUGACGGGUUUUCCACUGGUACCUUACAGCAUGAUUUUGAAAACAAUAUGGACUUCACAAAAGUCAACUUUCACCAUCAUUCCAGGCGGACUCCUCUUUCAUCCAUUGUAUGGAAUAUGCCACAGUCUUCUAGACAUUCAGUACAUCCAAACAGACUUCGUAGAACACAGUCAUUAAUAGAAUUUAACUCAGUGUUUGAGGACAGACAUCCUUGUUCUCCAGAGGAAAAUUCAAGUUAUAAAUUUUAUAGAUCAAAAAUGAAUUACAGGCAAGUAGUACCAAACAAGACCCAUCCUUUAUUCACUGAGAGACGGAUAGACCCUCUGUGUUUCAACAGUGGGGAGAAUUAUGUGUUACAUCCAUUGAAAAAUGUUUCCAAACCAUGCUACAGAUACCCAUCAUUUCGUGGUAAAAUGAAUCUGCCCCCAAACAAUCUUCCUUUUGGAAGAACGGAGGAGUACCUUUUUAGACGUAAUAAUCAUCAGUAUUUCAGUGAUGCUAACCAUGUCCCUGAUAUAAACUUCGAACAGCUGAUUGACCGGCGAAAUGACUAUGGGGGAAAAAAAGAUGUAUGGCAAAGUGAACAUAUGCGAGACUGUGCCUCAGAAUACACAAAGAGUAAGGACCAUCCAGGAAGAGGAACUCACAGAUUGUUUGCAAAGUGUUCAAAAGGCAUGCAGAAAGGUCCAACUUACGUCUCAGCUGCUUCGGAGAACCAAACUGAAUAUGCAGUGCCAAGUCAAAGUCAUGUUAGUGGAGACAGACAAACUCCUUCAAAGACAUUUGUUAAACCCUUUCAAAUGAAGAAAAACUCUAAAAUGCGUGGCACGGAAGAGAUGAAUGGUGCUGAUCAGUCAGACAAAGUGGAUAGCAUGGACAUAAAAAAGACAUCAUUAAUUCAAGCGUUUGGACAAAUAAAAACAAAUAAUCCAACAGAAUGUCAUAUGUCUCCUUCUACAGUCUCUUCUCAAGCUACCCCUCCUAUGAGUGUAUCCCUCCACCCACCUUUUAUAUUAAAUUCAAAAAGGCAAGGCAAGGCAAAUUCCUUAAGACACAUUGAAAACGUUUGUUUAUCAAAUAUUCACACUAAUAAUGGCCAAAGAAAUGAAGACAACAGCACUGAAAGCAACAGUGUAAAGCAACUGUGUCCCCCACACCUGAUUGCUAAUCCUUCAAAGCUGUCAAUUCUUCAAAGUAACCCUCAAGAGGAACACCAAUUGGAAACUUGGAAAACCUUUAACCCUGAUAAGAUGUUAAACCCUGUUUUUAUUGAAGACCCCAAAGUACUUCCAAACAAUGAUUUCCCACUUUCUUAUGCUGAAACACUCCAUAAACCAAAUAGAUUUGUUAGAUAUUCGGCUAGUAAUAGCAUUUGUGGCUCACCCAGCAGCAGCCCUCUGAAAUCUCCUAAAACGCCUAAGACGUUAUAUAAAAAAUCAAUUAGUAUUGAUGGCAGUGAUCUCUCUAAAACACUCAUUUCUCCCCCUACAAGGAAAAUUCCUUUCAGAACUAAGAGGAUGGGGGAGGAUAGCUUAGAAGGUCAUGCAUCAAACAGACUUGGGAAUAUUUAUUCAAAUAAGGGAGAUAAGAGGUCUUUGUUCAGCUCAUCCUGCUCAUCCUUAAACAUAUCGUCCAAAGAAAUGGCUGAAGAAAAAAACAAACAAAUUAAAAAGUACCACGUGCAUUUAAUUCAAGCUCCUAACUGCCCUUCAGGGAGUACUAAUGUAAUUGGCAGCAAGCGGAAAAAAAGAGCUGAGAUGCUUGGUCCAGAGAAAGCGAUUUGUCUUUCUCCUGAAAAGGAGGAAGCAGAAAAUCCUUUAAAGCAAUAUAAAACUACCAGCACACUGACAGUAAGCAUAGAUGAAGAUAAUGUAAAAUACCAUGAACUGAUUUCAGUUUAUUAUACUUUACCACAGAAACAUUCAAAAACUUUGUGCGAUGUCUUCCUGGGAGAUACCAAAAAGGCAGAUUCAUCCUCGUCCCCAGAAAAACCCGAGACCCCUCAAAAGCAGUAUGAAGUUCGUGUCGGUAUGACAACUGUAGCUUUUCCAUCCAGCUUAGAAAAAGGAGAGAAACUGAUUUCCCCUAACAAAACACCUGCUCCUGAUAUACAACAGGAUUCAAAAAAUACAGGCAAUCCUGUUAAAGUUCUCCAAGUUUCAAAUCCCACUGUGGGAACAGCAGAUAUUUCUCAAGCACAUGGUUCAAUGAAUAAUAAAAAAUUAGUUGUCUCUGGAACUGAAGAGCUGGGACUUGCAAUUUCCAACAGGCCUCCUGUGGAUGGCCCCAAACCCAGCAGAAAAGAGGUUGAAACAGUUAACCCCAAUAUUUUGUCCAGCCUGCGUGUUGACAGGCACUCUUCUCCAUGGACAGAGACACCAAAACUUAAUAAAAGCUUACAUCUUAACUCAUUGAAUUCCAAAAGUAUCUCUCUGGGGAAUAUUUCUGCAGUUUCUUCUGCAAUAAAUGGCCAAAAAGGGAAUCCUGGUUGUAGUCAGCCAUCUGUUGAAGCAUCAGCAAACAUUCCUCCUUCCAAUUUAAUUGAUGUUAUCCAGAAUGGAAAGCCCGCUGCGUAUCCAGAAGUCGGCACCCGAGUAAAUGUCACUAAAGAAAAAAUGAGAAAUGCUGCAGAGAUCAAAGAAAGGGCUCGUUAUAUAUGCCGCAUUAUUUCUGAAAGGGGACAUCGGUUUCCAUUGAGAAAUGAAGGUGUCCAAAAUGAAACGUCAAUUUCAACAACCAAGAGGCAUUCAGAGUCUCAGAAUUUAACUGCGCCAGGGGAUGCUGCUCUUUCAGCUAAUGCAGUUCAUCUAAAAUGGAAUGCGGUAGAAUGUUCAAAGCCCCAACUGCAAGAGGUGCCCCAAAAUCCUGCACUCCACAAAGUUGGCACAAAUUUACAGAGGUCUGAAAGAGUCUGUGCGGACAAUGGGAACCUUAGCUCUAAAGAUCAGAUGCAUUCUGGUCCUACCCAGGACUUGCCUGAGCAUUUACUACCUGAAAGUAAGCUUGCGCUGGAUGACCUUAAAAAUAAAGUUAAUGACUUAGAAAAAAGGAAAAAUAGGUCUUCAGUUAAAAACAAACUGGCAGCCAUGUGCAGAUCAAGUCGAAAGUUUUCUAAUAAGAAAAGCUCAUGUCCCAAACCACAUGUAAGUUGCAUAUUUUCACAAAAUGAUGUACUUCCAUUAGAGAAGAGUAGCCACCAUCCAAUGUUGAUUUUGCCCGAUGAUUCCCAGCAAACAGGGAAUGAGAAUCAGAAUCAGGUUUCUCUACCUGGUGAAUUUGAUAUUCCAAAGCUGAGUAAAGUGGAAACUAAGAAAUUGCAAGCUAAUGAAGAUAGGAGGCCUUUGACAAACUUGUGCAACCAGAAAAGAGAACAUUCAGGGCAAAGUGAUGAAAAUAUAAAGGCCAUCCAAAAUUCUAGCAUCCUAUUUUCAAAAUCAAUUAUGCCUGUGCUAAACAACAAUUUACAGACAGGUAGCAAAGUUGUAGAAAAUAACAACCAUCCCAUUUUCUCCAAAUGCGCAGGAAUGGAUGCUUACCCCUCAAAAAGAGGUCACUGUAAAAUUGGUGAGCUUUCAUCUUUUCCACUUCUAUCUGAUAAACAUGCAUACAUUAAAAAUAAGUCAAAGGCAAAUAUCUGUCCACUGCAAAAAUUGACUUCUCAAGUAGAACGUGAUGAUUAUCAAGAUAAUGAGCAGUCAAACAUCUUUAAAAAUAUAAACCAAUCCUGUGCCAAGCCAGUUCUAAACCUCAGCAAACGACAUUUUUCUGAAAGUUCCUGCACACAAAAACUCCACGAUUCUUUGCCCCCCAAAAACAACCUGACACAGCCCGGAUACAAUCGGAAGUUUAACUCCUAUUCUGAACUGUUGACCUGUGAUGAAAAUGAGAACUGGGACACAUACAACGAGAAUAAUAGGAACUUCGGCUCACGACGUAUCAUGUACCCCUCAAUUGAAUUUGGUAUUUUUGGGAAAGAACAGCAGCAGACUUUCUUGGAUAACAUAAAGAGGUCACUCACGGAAGGACGGUUGUGGAAUCCGUGUCUUUUAAAGAACUCCAGGUCUAUUAAAAGGGAAGAUGGGUACUCCUUACGUGGGUUGGAGCUCUUGAAAUCAAAUGCUACAGAAGAACAGUUCCCAAAUGAACCUUUUGAUUUCGACGAAGAAGCCUCUGCAUAUUCUUCAGAUUCAGAUUCAGAUUCUGACUCUGACACCACCACAGAUGAUGAAUAUUAUCUGCAUGAGUAUGAGAAAGAAUCAGAACUAUGAGGAGUUCAACAAACGUAGAAAGCAACUACCUACUAGCUGACUUGUGGGUUGAUAGCUUAUAAAAGAAUAGGGACUGGAAACCUGACUAGCUUUUUAUAAAUGCACUAAUUUGAAUUCAGGUACUAAAUGGACAUAUUGUACUGAUCUAGUCUUCCACAAUUCUGGCUUUUCUUAAAUAUGUGGGCUCCUGGAAUUCUAAGAAAUUCUUGGAAUUAAGGUCCACAUAUCUGGGUAAUGCUCAGGUUAUAGAAACUCUGUGGAGAUGUAAUAUAUUUGGUUUUCGGGUACGGUGCUGUAUGAACUCAGUCACUGUGGUUUAUAAACUCAGGUGUGCUUUUUGUAUGUUGCUUAAAUUCAACCAAUUAUGGUUUAUUCAAUAAACCAUGGUGAAGCAAACCGUAACUUAAGAGUUAUGUGAACUUAGCCAUUAUAGUGGUCAGCUCAAAAAUCAUAAAUUUUUAAAAUGGUAAAAUCACCCUACAUUUGAAUCUCUAAUGGCACUGGAAAGAAUAAAGGCAUUGUCCUAUUGGUUCUCAAAUGGGUGUGCCUGCUUUUUCAGAGCAGGGUCUCUUGUACCAAUCAACUUUGAUACAUAAUCAUAACACGGCUGCUUUCAUCAGCAAUUGAAUGUUUGCAUUCAAUACAUUCGUGGCCUUUGUGUGUUUCAACAAAUCUAAAACUUCUGAAUUUUAGGGGGGAAAGGGAAGAUUCAAAAUAUGUGUAUAUUUAAUAGCCUGAAGGAAAAUAUAUUUAUUUAAUUGGAAAAAUGUGUGUUCUAUUAAAAACCUCAUUAAAAUGAAAGCAGCUACUUCGACGAGAUAGCUAUCCUUAAGCUUCAAAGCAUACUGCAGCUAUUGCAAGAGACUCUCAUUCAAAGCAAUGAAAUGUUCACUGAUUUCCACUUUGGUUUUUAAAAUCAGUCUAUUAACAGGAUGUACAAAAUUGGUUAUUCUGAAAUGCUUAAUACUUCGUUAAAGAAGUAUGUAUGAACUGAAUGUGCAGUAGACUUUUAAAUAUUUGUUUAGUAUGGCAGUUACACUUGAAAGUACUUCUAAAGUAUAUAUUUUAGUUCAUGUAAAUGAAACCAUUCUAGUAAGAUUCCAAUUAAUAUUUUCAGGUGAAAAUAUGUUCUUUAAAUGUGAAUUAUUUUGAAAAAAAAUCCGUGCAUUAAUUGUGCAUAAGGCCCAAUUAAGUUGUACAGCUUCUUGUAUUGGAAAAAGAUUUUUGAACUUGUAAAGUUUAUGGAAGCUUUUUUUUUUUUAAACUGAAAAUGCUUCUAUGUGACAAGCCUGGAAGACAGUCAAAAAGUCAUGCAUGUGUAUAUGUUUACACGCAUACAAAACUGUUCUUUAGUAUUUUCUUUCUGUGCUUUGCCUUUAUGCCUUUUGUUCUCUUGUACACUGUAAAUAUGUUGUUUGUUUUGAGAUCAAUUUUCAGGCCAUAUUUUCUUCUGAUGAGUUUCUGUUCUGUGUAUCCAGGCGUUUUUACAGUACGCUACUCUACUGUACAAACAAAACUGUAAUUUCACUGAAGAGCAAAAAUCCUUCAAUGCAACCUGCUCUCAUUAAUGCAAACAACUGUUUGGUAUUUGCUCGCAUGGGCAGGUACAACCUCCGUAAAAGAGUAAGUCAAGUUCAGACGGGGAAGGUCAAUCUAUGGCAACUGAACCACCCAUUCCAAAGUCCAACUAGAACAACAUUACAGGGUUGAAACUGAGGAGCAGAUGGGAUCAAAAACAUGUUAACUCCAGGGCUGGUGUAUUUUCUCCCUUGUUUGGAGAAUAGGAAUCCAGAUAAUUCCAAACCUCCUGAUUUGGCUUCAAAAAUAUGUGAAUUUCAUGGGGGUUUUCAAACAAUUUUGGACUCUAAGACUGAUUUGGUUGGUGGCAUUUUCCAAACCAUUUCUCCAUUGUUUACCAGAAAGUCUAUUUCAGAGGCAAUGGCAGUAGAUAAAUCCAAAGUAUGAAAAAGUCCCACUCUUAUUAUGAGCACUAUAUAAGAAGCUCCUUCUACAGUUUCAUAGAGUUUUGUUUGUAAAACAAGGCAACAGACAGCAGUCCUAUAUUGGCACUAUACUGACACUAGGCAUUUAGUUAUAGUUUAGCAGUUUGUCCCCAGAAAUUCGGUGUUCUUCUGUCUUACAUUGACCACCCAUGUUUAAUGCAAGUUUUCCCCAGUCCUUGAAUCUUCAAAUGCGAUGGGACUACAGCUCCCAGAAUUCCUUACCAGCAUAUUGCGGUGCAAGCACAUUUAGAUGUAACUAGGGAAAACUCUUGGUUUUUUUUUUUCAUUUGAAAUAAGCUAUUAAUAUUGACUACCAAUAUUUUUAAAUAAAUGGACUAUAUU